AUGAAUGAUGAUGUCAUUACAAUUGCACUUCUAUUAAGAACACUGUACUUUUCACCCAUUACAAAAAUGAUUAUCUUUCUGAGAACUAGCAAAGAAAACUGUGAUUUGUUUAUGAAAGACCCAAUGAAGUACAUAAACCAAGAAAGCUAUAUUCCAAACUUACCUAUAAAAUUGGCAAUUAUAGGACCUCCAAAAUCUGGAAAAUCAAAGUUGGCUGAAGAAUUGUCAAGGGAGUUUGGUGUGAAAGUUGUUACACCUGGACAGUCACUGAGAUACACUUUGGAAGAGAUACCUGCAUCAUCAUUAUCAAUUGCCAUAGAAGAGAAACUUCGAUCUGGAGCUCAUGUUCCUUCUUACCUUCUAGUUCCAAGUAUUGAAGUAGCAACAAUGGUUCCAAGGGGUGCAACACAAGGUUUUGUGUUGGAUGGUUUCCCAAAUACAGAAGAAGAGUCACAACUUUUAGAAAAUUUAGGAAUAAUACCAUACAUAUUUAUUAUACUUCAGUACAGUAGCAGGACAAGUGAAAAGAACUUGAAGAAACUCAGUGCCAACUUAUACAGAGAGGCUCCCAUUUACUCUGCUGAACUGCUGCAUUAUAAAUACAACUCAUGGAAAGAGGCCAUAACUAAGAAUCUUGCACGACUUGGUUUUGAGAACAAAAAUUUGCUAUUCAUUACCGAAGAUAAUUCAAAAUGGAAAUCGUAUCAAGACAUAAAAAAGAAAAUAUUUGUCGUAAUGAAUAGUUACAAUAAGUAUUUCCAAGGAAUAGGCAAAGGUCAUUCACAAAGUGAAAUAAACUUAGUGUUAAACAAUAAUAUUGCACUUUAUUAG